AUGGAGCCGCGCAAUGAGAAUACCUUCGUGGUCCUGGUGCAAGCGUGCUUGGAUGCAGGCGUGUGCCCCAGCAUGAUCGAGCAGUUUGAAGCAGCCGGAGCCACCUCCCUCGACAAGCUCAGAAGUGUGUGGAAAGCCGGGGGCGGGGGAGAAACCUUCCUUGCCGACGCAGAAGCAGUGCUCUUCUUCGUGUUUGGGCAGAAUUUUGCCGGCUCAGCCGCGGAAAGGCGAGUGCUUGACCAUAACCCUGGAGAGGCCGUGGAAAGGUCUCGCAAGAAGUUUCGGGGCGACUUGCCGCGUCCUCAGCCUUCGGCGGGAGACUCACUGCAGAAGGCUCUGGAAAGCGCCAAGCCAGAAAAUCGUGAGAACACGUUGCACCGUUACCAGCAGGAUGUGUGGGCAAACAGUUCUCGGGCAUCCCAAGAUGCACGACUGCGCACGUUGGAAGCAGUGGCUGCGGCGUGGGGGAUCAGCCUCGCGCCCGUCAGCAAGGACGUCGUUAAGAAGAUAGCUGCGGCGCUCAAAAUGGGAGGUUACAGAUCAGUCAGGCAGUACUUUAGCCGUCUUCGUCGACUCCAUGUAGAGCUAACAAAUUCAGAGUUGUCCGCGGAGGCAGAGUUGGAGUUGAAGGAUGCGGUUCGUUCAGUGGAGCGCGGCAUGGGUGGUGCUGCGCUCAAGGAUUCGCUUGAGCUAGAGAAUCUCUUCCACAAAGGCAAGGAGUUCAGUGCGCUGGAACAAGCCAUCAUAGUUCUUGGUUCAUGGUUUUUGCUGCGGGAGAUUGAGUUGGUAGCCUUGCGCCGUGGUCACCUAUUCUUGGACGAGGGCAAGGAACAGGUCUCGCUUACGCUUUGGGCUUCCAAGACAGAUAUUGUGGGCAAUCUCGUGAUGCAGACGCAUAAGUGCUGCUGUGGCGUGCUUCAUGUUGGCGUUUGCCCGUACCACACCACCCUUUCCUUCCUCAAGAGCUUCAAAGGAAAUCAAAGCGACCCUCUCUUUGCUGCUGUGCCUGGAAUUGAACUGUCCAAGAGCGAGACUGGCCGGAUGGGCUUGGCGAAGUACAACGCUUCGGCGGACAUGUGCUGCCGCUACGUUCAAGAUGCAGCCUUGAACAGCUUCGAGAUCCUUGUCAGCCGUGUGCGCUCGGGAGGUGCUCCGGGUGACCAGUGUGUUGCGGCAGACAAGCGUGCGCAAGGCAUGCCAGGCUGUAGCUCCGUCGCAGAUGCAGCUGCCAUAGAGGAGUUGAGCAAGAAAGUCGAGACCUUGGCCUUGUCCGUGGAGGCGAUGCAAGAUCGCCCGCAGUUCAUCGUCGCCAAGAAGGCUCAUUGUCGGGACGUCAAUGAGGCAACCAAACUUCCCUGGCAGUGGCGUGCCACAGGAUGCGGCUGGCCAUACGGAACUGCGAACUUCCGUCGAUGUGCAAAUGUUGAGGGCAUGGCGCAGUGCAAGAGGUGUUUUGCAUCUGUGGCGGAGCCUGAGAAGACUGAGUCCGAGAGCGAGUCAGAGAGGAUUGAAGCGGCCCGGGUGCGGCAGCUUGCGCUAGCUACGGAGAGCAGUGCCGAAUCGUUGCCGGUGAUCAUGACGGGCAAAGGCGCGGAAGCGGACUUCAACAAGCUGGCCGAUGAGGCGGGCUUGCCAGCCAACAUCAAGAAAUACAUCAAGGUCCGGGGGGUGAGUUCCAUCGCGCUUUUCGCGGCCCUGGCUGACAAGCCGGAAGAGCUCAAUGAUGCCAUCAUCGCUCCGUUGCAAAAGGGCUUCGAGGUAGAGAAGGGCAACGUCGUCAAGGUCGAGCAAGUGGACCUCCCUAUCGCGCGGGCAAAGUUCAGGGUGCUUUGGCGUGAGUGUGCCAAGAAAGAAGGGUUGGCGUCCCUUCUUCCAUCCAGUGCAGCGGUCCCGCCAGAUGCUUCAAGUUCUUCGGCAAGUUCAUCCAAGAAUUCGAAGGAAUUACCUUCUGGCUGGUGGCAGGCAAAGAUCGCGCAGUAUGAGUCAGUGUUUGUGGCAGGCACUCCCAGGAAGUUUCCACAGGAAAUGCUCCUGGGGGCAGAAUCGAUCUUAGCCCGCAUGGUCAACGAGAUGAAGACCAUGCAGCAUACCGCGAUAGGCCUGCAGGAAAUCGUGCAGGCCCGCUUCUUCAAUGCAGCGGGGGAACCCAACCCCCUAAACGCAGCUCGCAAGAAGAGUAGACAAGGCAUCACAGUUCUCGCAAUUAAUGAAGAGAAUCAGCUGGAGGCGGAGCCAGAGGCCCCGUGGCAUCCAAAGAGUGUCCUUGCGUUCAUCGAUUGCUUGGAGUCCAUUCGCUAUGCCUACUUGUUGCUGAUUUGCGAGCACAUCUGCAAGGAGCAGUCGUGGCGCUGGCGUGCUUUGGCUUGGGAGACUGACGACAGCCUAGUGAAGCUCACGCUUGCCCGCUUCAAGAAUGUGGAGCAUCGCGGAGACUUUGACUAUGAUUGUGUGAGUAAGGUCAUUGAGCGCCUAGGUGAAUUAGAUCCACGUCAUGAGUCUAGGAUUGUCAUUGCAGGCGGCCCCCCAUGCCAUGAUAGCUCGCGCGUUCGUCAAAAUCCUCCUGGAAUUGAAGGCGAGGAGGGUUCCAAGGCCAUUCGCUUCGCCGAGUUUGUGCGGGAGCUGGAGGCUACAUGGCGCUAUCCGCAAGCAAUCCUCAUUGUCGAGAAUGUUGUGCCGCGCAACAAACAAGAUGUCCGCGUGCUCGAGACAAAGUUGUCCGCGUCAGCAGUUGUCGCGGACGCCUCCGAUCUGGGAGUUCCACGUGCGAGCUUCGUCCAGAUCAAGGAUAACCUGGCCAAGUAUGACCUCGGCGGCCUACAGUGGCCAAGCAACGUCUUGCAGAAGGGCGCGGUGCUCCCGUGCUUGACCACGCCAGCAGAAGAUCCGCGUGGGCGAUCAGCUCCGCGGAGCUACAAGGGCAAAGCGGAUUCUGCGACACAGGCCAGAUGGCUCAAUGAUGGCCGUCAAUAUGCACCAUGGCACUGUGAAAGGGGGAACCUUUUCGUAGUGCCGGAGACAAGCGCGCUGGUCAUGCCGCCCGCAGAGGUGAAGGAACAACUCCAUCACUUACCCAUGGGGUGGACAGCCUCUCUCCCUGACAAGCAACGUCAUCGUGCAUUGGCGAACGGUUGGCAUUUAGGCAUUGCUAGAUGGUUCUUUGUUCUCGGACUUUUUGCAGCAACCCCCGCAACAAAUGCAGCUUCUUUGUCGUCACCUCCGCGUGAACUGUCGCCCUUGGGAGCGAACGCUCUAGAGGGCAUGGCGAGCUUGUGGGCGUCUUCUCCGUUGCUGACUGGGCCAGGUGUGCCGGUCUUCUCCGAGGCGUUGGAUUUGUCAGCCAUUGAGGACAUGCGUGAGCACUGGGCGGCUGCGGAGUUUGCGUUGCAUGCAGACCAGACGCGCCCUCUUCUUGAACCAGGCCUAGCUCAAGGGCUACCCCUGUGGAUGCACUGGAAGCCCUAUCUUGGAGAGAUGAGGCAGAGCGUUGCGUCCGAUGUGCGGAAAUUGGUGGAGGACAUGCAGCCGGAAGUGGAUGCCUGGUUCCAAACACUGGAGCCACACGUCAAACUUGCCUACAGCUCGAAAGAUGGUAGGUGCACAGUUCAGGUCCCUGUAAUUGCAAGAGUUGCGAAGUUGUUUGGCUGGCAGGACGACUCUUUGUUCGAGGAGAUGAGCAGUGGCUUUCCAUUGCUUGGCCGCAUCAAUCCAGGUCUGGGCUGGCGUCUUCGUCACGAUGAUAGAUACAACAACCCGAUUGACAAGGAGACGCUCCUUCAGGACAACUUUCAGUACGUGCAGAAGAAGUUAAAUCAGGCCAGGGUGGAUCCGUCUUGGCAGACCAUGGCUGCAGAAAUUGCUGCGGAUGUAAAAGCCGGAAGGAUGGAAGGUCCUUUUGCAUCGCCGUCGUCAUGGAGCAAAGCCACUGUGGCGCUGCCUGACUAUGCGCACACAACCGAGUUGUUGUCGCCGCCGACCUGCCAUGAGCACACGUGCUUUGCUUUUUCAGUUCAGCAAGUAGGAUCUGAUGGUCGCCGCAAGGUCCGUCGCGCAGACGAUUGGCGCCGUUCUGGAGGCAACAAGACCGUGAACGUGCCGGACACACCUGCGUACCACAGCAUCGAGGCCUUCAUCGCCGUCAUUCGAGCUCUACGACAACAAGGAGAACAGGGCGCCAUUAUGACAUGGGGUCUUGAUCAUGAGGCAGCCUAUCGUCAGCUCCCUGUGCGGCGGCCAGAGGACACCUAUGUUGUGCUACAGACGCCAAGAGGUCCGACGCUGUGGCGCCAUCGUGUCUUGAUGUUUGGCUCCGUUGCAAGCGUGUGGGGCUAUUGCCGUGUUGCGGAUUGGAUGGCUUGGGCCAACCGCUGCCUUCUUCUCACGCCAGCUCUCCACUUCGUGGAUGACUUCGGA